GGCGGUGUGUCUGGGGCUAGAAGAAUAGAACAUGGCGCGGCGCGUAGACAUGUAUGAACGUGAUCGUGAAGUGAUCGAGAGUUGAACUAUCCGAUCGUCUGAUGACUACGGCACCUUUCCAGUGAUCUGUCACCACUGUUGAACUCCUGGACAUCCUUCCAAUGGCUCAAGCUCAUGCACAGCAGCUGCGAGAUGCUGCCUCUGCUCAUCUUGAUGAACUCAGCAAAGAGGCAAGUGCAUAUGAAGUCUAUGAGGAUAAUGAAGAAGAGGCCGAGGAAUUAUGUGCCGCUAUUGAGUAUGAUGCUGCUGAAGCUGCUGCAGAGAAGGCUCGGGAGAGCAAUGAAGGCAUCGAUAAAGUAUCCGAUGAUGAUGGUAUCAGGCUGCGCUCAUCUUCGCCAUCAUGCAAGAAGGUGAAAAUUGGUGAUGGAGAUGUCUAUAACCAAAGUCUCGAUAAGGCAUCGGCACAGGUGAUCACACCUGGGACUCUCAAGGACUAUCAGAGGCUGUGGACACAAUUCACGGAGUUCUGUGUUACUCUGAAAUUUGUCCCUUUCCGAACUAGCGCAAAGCUGAAUGUGGCCUGUGAGAAAGGUGAUAUUCCAGCUGAGAUGCCUCGGUGGAUUGCCAUGUGGAUCAUGGACAAGUGCGAUGAUACCGAUCUCAAGACAGGUGAAACUAAGCCUCUCAAUGCUCCGAGAGCAACUUACAGUCAAGCACAGAAGAUGCGGGCUGCAAUGACCCACCGCUUUGGUCGUGAGCUGGGACGUGGGCCUCAGACAUGGACUGAGAAUGUUCUAAAGCAAGGGACAUACCUUGGAAAUCCCUCAAUCUCCAUUGCUGUGUCUCAGUACAUGGUCAGUCUCUGCCGUUGCAAGGUCCGUAAUGGUGAAGACAUUGUGACCAGUGCUCGUGCAAUUACCUCUGAGACCCUGAAGUCUUUGUAUUACCUCAAUAUUGAUUCCCGUUAUGCUACAAUGGAUGUUGAUGAUCCUCCACCACAGAAGAAGCGCAAGGCAGAUGAGCCAACUGACUGGAAGGCUGGCAACUCAUUUUAUCUUAUGCUUAACUUCUGUUACGUUGUGGCCUUUCUCUGCUUAUUGCGCUUUGAUGAAGUCCUUCGAAUUGAAUGGCAGUGGAUUGAGUUCGAGAAGCUUCCAAGUGAGACAUAUCGCUUGAAGCUCUCACUUCCCUUCAGAAAAACUCAUCAAACUGGAGGUAUCGCACCCUUUUACCUAUAUCCAAAUUAUGACAAACCCUGGUUAUGCCCUAUCCUGGCAUAUGUCAGCUGGAUGAAGUGUCAUAGACAUGAGGGUCUAGUUGGUCAUGUUUUUUGCAAGAAGGUUGGUGGACGAUUCAGUCAAGAUGGGCAACACAAACUGGUAUAGUGUUUCUCUAUAUUGUGUCAUUGCUUUGAUGCUGAUCAUUGGUGGUGCACUGUUUACUGGUAGUCUGCAGGUGCAUUCAUGGACUACUUUCGUAAUAAUCUCCUUGACAUUGG